AUGGAGAACAACCCAAAGCAGUAUGAAGAGAAGGAUUUAUGGCGGGCGGACGGAAUCAGUCGCGUGGCCCAGUUUGAUCUGGUGGCGGCUAAAAUUGUUCCCGAAGCGGCAAAUGCACUGAGUUUUGACACCAUCGUGAUGCGCGGUUCUGCCAUGACGGCCAAGUGCAACGGCAGCAACUCCCACGAACAAAACCGGGACCAGAAGAUCACGAAUCCUGCAGCCUCGCAAUAA